GGGGCGGGCGCUAGCUCGCUCCUUUCUCUCCCCGCCUCUGCUGCGGCGCGCUAAGGCUCCGGAACCGACAUGGGCGCCGCCGCGUGGGCACUGCCGCCCUUGCUGCUGCGUUUGUCUCUUCUGCUGCUUCUGCAGCUCCCGGGGCUGUCCGCGGGCUCCUGGGACCCUGCUGGUUACCUGCUCUACUGCCCCUGCAUGGGACGCUUUGGGAACCAGGCCGAUCAUUUCUUGGGUUCUCUGGCAUUUGCAAAGCUACUGAAUCGCACCUUGGCUAUACCUCCGUGGAUUGAAUACCAGCAUCAUAAACCUCCCUUCACCAACCUACAUGUGUCCUACAAGAAGUACUUCAAGCUGGAGCCCCUCCAGGCCUACCAUCGUGUCAUCAGCCUGGAGGACUUCAUGGAGAAACUGGCACCUACCCACUGGCCUCCUGAGAAGCGGGUGGCAUAUUGCUUUGAAGUAGCAGCUCAGCGAAGCCCUGAUAAGAAGACGUGCCCCAUGAAGGAAGGAAACCCCUUUGGCCCAUUCUGGGAUCAGUUUCAUGUGAGUUUCAACAAGUCGGAGCUUUUUGCAGGCCUUUCCUUCAGCGCCUCCUAUAGAGAACAGUGGAUCCAGAGAUUUUCACCAAAGGAACAUCCAGUGCUUGCUCUGCCAGGGGCCCCAGCACAGUUCCCUGUCCUGGAAGAACACAGGUCCCUCCAGAAGUACAUGGUAUGGUCAGAUGAGAUGGUGAAGACAGGAGAAGCUCAGAUUCACACUCAUCUCAUCCGGCCCUAUGUGGGCAUUCAUCUGCGCAUUGGCUCUGACUGGAAGAACGCCUGUGCUAUGCUGAAGGAUGGCACCGUGGGCUCACACUUCAUGGCUUCUCCACAGUGUGUGGGCUACAGCCGCAGCACAGCGGCCCCACUUACCAUGACCAUGUGUCUCCCUGACCUGAAGGAAAUCCGGCGGGCUGUGAAGCUCUGGGUAAGGACGCUGAGCGCCCAGUCCAUUUACAUCGCCACUGAUUCUGAGAGCUACAUGCCGGAGAUCCAGCAGCUCUUCAAAGAGAAGGUGAAGGUGGUAAGUCUCCAGCCAGAGGUGGCCCAGAUCGACCUAUACAUCCUCGGCCAAGCCGACCACUUUAUUGGCAACUGUGUGUCAUCUUUCACCGCCUUUGUGAAGCGUGAGCGGGAUCUUCAAGGGAGGCAGUCCUCUUUCUUUGGCAUGGACAGGGCCCCUCAGCUGCGAGAUGAGUUCUGAUGCUUGCCGGGGCACAUCAUCAGUCUGAGCAGGGGCCCGGACAGCCAAAAGUGCUCCCGAACUGCAAGCUCCUCUUCUUGCCCGUCAGAGAUGGAGGACAGUCCCAGGACUUCCUGGAAGGAGGCUUCCAUCGCAGGGCUUCCGAGCUCCCAGGGCCCCAAAUGUCCUCUAUCCCCACAUGCUUCUUACUGUUUCUCCAAUCAGCAGGGCAGUCCAACAUUUGUCUUUUGAUUUGCCUUGUUCUGAGCAGCCUGGGGUGGUGAACUCUCUCCAGAGAGAUUUUUAUAGAGAGAUUUUUAUAGUUUUGAUAAAAGGUCAUAACUACCCUAGAACGCUCUCAUUUUUAAAAAUCAGUGAAGUCCAUUAGCAAAGAGACCUAAAGUGACCUUAACUGAAUGUGGAUGAGCCAGGGUUGAGGUAAGUCUAUUGGCCACUUUUCCAGGUGUUCCCCAAUGUGGCCCCCAGACUUGUCCCCACUGCCUGGCCAGAGCCAUUGUCAUUCCACUUGUGAAACCAUUGCCAUAUUUUAGGAUAUGAAUGUUCUCUUCCUUCAGAAGCACCAUGCAGAUGGGAGUUGUCAGUCAUGGUGCUGUGCAGUCUCCGGGGGUAGCCAAGUGCCACUCACACAGCAUGUUCCCUGCAAGGAGCACACGCCACCAAGGCAGGUGACCAUGGUAUUUGUCUCAGUCUUUGGGCACUGUAGCUGCCACAAAGCUAGCACUGUCAGAGCCUCAGAAUGCAUCCCUGGGGGUCAGGGUUUGGGGCCUGACCGGAUCCUCUGAGGCUGCCCUCUCCAAGGGCCUGGUUGGUGUCCAGAGCCUGUUCUCUCAGCCUCAGUCCUGCAGCCAGAACCCUCACACCAUCUUUUCCCAAAGGAAUGUCUGCCAAGCCUCUGACAUGGAGAAGAUGCCCAGGACCCAGGAACCAUCUGAAUUCCAAGUUUGGAAGCAGCCUUUGCCCCUUCCCAUCCUGUGUUAUAUCUACUGUUGCAUGAGGCAUCAAGGUGUUACAGCCAUGAGGUUUAUUGUCUCUUAGAUACUGCAGUUCUUAUAACCCAUGACAUUGGAGAACCUAUGGUUUUUUGACCUUGUGGUUCUAAAGUUUCACAUCUAGAGCUGGGGAUUUAGCUCAGUGGUGCCGCCACCUGCCUUAUAAGUGCAAGGACCCGAGUUCAAUCUCCGGUACAAAAAAAAAAGUUUCUAAAGUUUCACAUCUAACACCUUUGGAUCUCUUUCUUGUCAUGUGACCUUCCUUCACCUUUGAUGCUAGAUAGGUAGCCCAGAGCUCCAUGCUGGAGUUUCUCCCUUGAUGGGCUUUGGAAAGAAAUCCUUUGUUGUCAGGGGCACAAUGAGUUAGAGGUCAGAGGCUGCAGGAAGAUCUCUAGCACCAAAGCUAGCAUUUUCUGCCUAGAGCUGUUGCCCAACUCUAAAGAGAAACUACAGGAAGCACUUUUGUAGAUUUCCCUCUUGGGAAAACAGUGAAGCAUUUUAAAUCCUGCCAGAGACAGCUUAUCUGUCCAGACUUGCUCUCAAGCCUCACCCAGAGAAAGGGCCACAGACUAGGAACCAUGUCAUGAAAGCGUGGCUCACUGGCCAAUUCUAUUUCUGAAUUCCUCUGCCACUCACAGCCUUAUAGUAGGCACACACUUGAGUCUAGGGCUCUGCCAGGCCAUCCAAAUCAUCUUGAUUGGCAUCUGUGGCAAUGCUACCUUGUAUUCUAGAAGAGAGAGCUAUGGAGCUCUCAGAUUGAGGCGUGCUUUGUUGGCAAGCACUUUACUCUUUGACCCAGCUUCCUCACCUUUUAAAGUGGUGAUAAAACCCACACACUGUUGAAAGCUCAAAUCAGCUAAAGCCUAUAUAUAUAAGAGCACAAUGUAAACUUGAAAGAGACAAAGGCACAUAGGUGGCUAUUGAUUAAUUUGCUUCCUAUUGCACACCUGUUCCAUGUCAGGCACUGUGCUUGCCAAGUACUUUAUGGACAUUCCCUUGUCCCCGUCCCAGCCCUGGGAAGUAGUAACUUAGCCUUGUCUUUCUGCAUAAAGGAAAACAAAUGCUUAGAGAAUCCUCAUAAUGUCCCCAAAGCUGUGCAUUAAGUCAGUAUUAGUCCUUCAAAACACAGUUCUGUUAUCCACUGUGCUCUGUUACCCUCAAUUCACACAAUGCACUUCACUGUGCUGCUUUUUUUUUUUUUUUUUAACCUGGAAUUGAACUUGGGACAUUGUGCUUUCAAGGCAGGCAGUGGCAACACUAAGCUAAAUCCCCAGCCUACACUGUGCAUCUUAAAGAGGCCUCUGCUGGAAAAGAUCAGCCACCUUGGUUUCCAUGGGGCACCUGCCAUUGCCAGGUUUUGGGAGGAAAAGGUCAUGUAAGAAACAGAAAGCCUACCACCACAUGAAGCUUACUCUGCUCUUGGAGUUGUUUAAUUCAACAGUCUUUCAUUUAACAAUUAUUUAUUGAUCACCUACUAUGUGCUAGGCUCAGAGACACAAGGUAUGCGGCAGGAAAUCAAAGUCUUUGUUGCUAAAGAAUUUGCAGUCUGGAAAGUGGAAGGCAUAAUAAACAAGUGUACUGAGGGAGGUGUUAAGUGCUCGGAAGAGAAAGGGCCUGGGGGUGCAAAGGAGGAUCUGUCUUAGAUAAGGAGAAGAGUUGCCUUCUGGAGGGAAGGAGCACCCUGUUCAGAUAGCUAGAGGCCAAGCCUUCCCAGUAGAGGAAGUAGCACCUGCUAAAGCCCUGGGACUGGCCUGUGAGCCUAAACUGCAGCAAGGAGGCAGGGAACAGCAGCAGAUCAGAGUGACCAGCUGGCAGUCUUGUAGCCUGCAGGGCUAGGCUGAGGCCUAGACUUGUAAAGAUGCCAUAUGAGGCCCUUUAUGGGGUUCUAGGCAGAAGAAGGUGAUCUGAUUUACAUUUCUAAAGGAUCCUUCGGGUUGGCGUCUGGAGAGAGGAAGAGUGGAGGCAGAGUGUAGGGCUGUGGCAGGGGUGCAGAUGAGAGCCAGGGGGCUCAUAUCCCCCUGGCUGAAAUUCCAGCAUCUCCCAAGAGGCAGAGGCCACUGCAUUUUUAUUUUUAUUUUUUAUCGCUUCUCGGCCUUUUGGCUAAGAUCAAGUGUAUUUUUAUUU